AGGUGUUUUCAGUGUCGGAGCUGUUGAACACCGGAGACGAAGCUUUUCAUUCUCCACCUCCUCCAUCUCCACGUUUCCUCCUCUUCCUCCUCUUCUUCCACGCUGCCUCCUUUCCAAAGCUCUUCCUCCGGAGGCUCUUCUCUCUCCCUCUUGGUUGGAGGAUGGGUGGAUUCCUGAGCAAAAGGAAGGUGUGAUCUCUGAAGACACUGACAGAUGGAUGUACAGAGGGAAAACAUGAUGCCACCGUCGCCGUGUGUCUGCUGACCCAGCGAUUCCUGCUGUAGAACCGGAGAGGAAGAGUUCACGUUUGUCUUCAUCACUGCUGUCUUGGUCGCUCAGGAACAGGAGAGGUCUUCCUCUGUCAGCUCAAACUGGGAAGGAUUCUUGGAUUAUUAGCAGCUGAUGUGCAUUUUAAACUCAGGUUUGAUUAAGUUUAGAUACUUUAAACUCUUUUAGUAAUCUUCAAGCUUUACUUUUUCUGCUGCUGAGAAGUUUCUCCUUCAGCUUCUUGCUGCUGGACUCUUGGAUUUGUUUCUUCUUCAUGCCUUUGUGGAUUCAUUUCCUCUGAAUCUCUGGAGUUUCAUCAUGGAGCUUCAGACUGGCCUUCCUGGACCCCUCUCUCCGGUUCCCCUCUCCCCGACCUCGGACUACGCCGGGCCCCUCUCCCCAUCGUCCGGUGGCCCUGGUCCUUCUCACGGCACCUCCCCAAGAAGAGGCCUCAGCCCCAGCCUCAGCCCCAUCAGGGGUCCCAGCCCCGGCCCCGGCUUCUCCGGCCAGGCUGCGUUCAACUACAACCAGCUGGAGGGCAGAUUUAAACAGCUUCAAGAUGAACGUGAGGCGGUUCAGAAGAAGACCUUCACCAAAUGGGUGAACUCCCACCUGUCCAGAGUGUCCUGUCGGAUCACCGACCUCUACAUGGACCUGAGGGACGGACGAAUGCUCAUCAAGCUGCUGGAGGUUCUGUCUGGAGAGAGACUGCCCAAACCCACCAAGGGCCGGAUGAGGAUCCACUGUCUGGAGAACGUGGACAAAGCUCUGCAGUUCCUGAAGGAACAGAGGGUUCAUCUGGAGAACAUGGGCUCCCAUGACAUCGUGGACGGAAACCACCGCCUGACGCUGGGCCUCAUCUGGACCAUCAUCCUCCGCUUCCAGAUCCAGGACAUCAGUGUGGAGACAGAGGACAACAAGGAGAAGAAGUCGGCUAAAGAUGCUCUGCUGCUCUGGUGUCAGAUGAAGACCGCAGGAUAUCCGAACGUCAACAUCCACAACUUCAGCACCAGCUGGAGAGACGGGAUGGCCUUCAACGCUCUCAUCCACAAACACAGGCCAGACCUGAUCGACUUUGACAAGCUGAAGAAAUCAAAUGCUCACUACAACCUACAGAAUGCCUUUAACCUGGCCGAGCAGCACCUGGGCCUCACCAAGCUGCUGGACCCUGAAGACAUCAGCGUGGACCAUCCUGAUGAGAAGUCCAUCAUCACCUACGUGGUCACCUACUACCACUAUUUCUCCAAGAUGAAGGCCCUGAAGGUGGAGGGGAAGAGAAUCGGAAAGGUUCUGGAUAACGCCAUCGAGACGGAGAAGAUGAUCGAGAAGUACGAGUCUUUGGCGUCUGACCUGCUGGAGUGGAUCGAACAGACCAUCAUCAUCCUCAACAACAGGAAGUUUGCCAACUCUCUAGUGGGAGUCCAGCAGCAGCUACAGGCCUUCAACACCUACCGCACUGUGGAGAAGCCGCCAAAGUUCACAGAGAAGGGAAACCUGGAGGUUCUUCUAUUCACCAUCCAGAGUAAGAUGAGAGCCAACAACCAGAAAGUUUACACUCCAAGAGAAGGAAAACUCAUCUCUGACAUCAAUAAGGCAUGGGAGCGUCUGGAGAAGGCAGAACACGAGCGUGAGUUAGCCCUGAGGACGGAGCUGAUUCGUCAGGAGAAACUCGAACAACUCGCCCGACGCUUCGACCGCAAAGCCGCCAUGAGAGAGACAUGGCUGAGUGAGAACCAGAGACUAGUCUCUCAGGAUAACUUUGGAUUCGACCUCCAGGCCGUGGAAGCUGCUACAAAGAAACAUGAAGCCAUAGAAACGGACAUUGCAGCCUACGAGGAGCGAGUUCAGGCGGUGGUUGCCGUGGCGAAGGAGCUGGAGGCGGAGAGUUACCAUGACAUCAAACGCAUCACGGCCAGGAAGGACAACGUGAUUCGACUGUGGGAGUAUCUGCUGGAGCUACUGAAGGCCAGAAGACAGAGGCUGGAGUCCAACCUGGGCCUGCAGAGAGUCUUCCAGGAGAUGCUCUACAUCAUGGACUGGAUGGACGAGAUGAAGAUGCUGCUGCUCUCUCAGGAUUAUGGGAAACACUUGCUGGGUGUUGAGGACUUGCUUCAGAAACACGCUCUGGUGGAGGCCGACAUUGGCAUCCAGGCUGACCGGGUUCGAAACGUCAACAGCAACGCCCAGAAGUUUGCCAACGACACCGAGGGUUACAAGCCAUGUGAUCCUCAGAUUAUCAGGGACCGAGUCGCUCACAUGGAGUUCUGCUACCAGGAGCUGAGCCAGCUGGCAGCUGAGCGAAGAGCUCGCCUUGAGGAGUCCCGCCGCCUCUGGAAAUUUUUCUGGGAAAUGGCUGAAGAGGAGGGAUGGAUCAGGGAGAAGGAACAGAUUCUGUCCUCCGAGGAUUAUGGGAAAGAUCUUACCGGUGCUCUGCGACUGCUGAGUCAGCACAAAGCCUUCGAGGACGAGAUGAGCGGUCGAGCUGCCCACCUGCAGCAAACCAUCAAACAGGGCGAAGAGCUGGUGGCGAACAACCACUUUGGAGCAGACAAGAUUAAAGAACGAAACCAGGACGUCCAGGAGCAGUGGGCGGCUCUGGAGCGUCUUUCUUCUGUUCGUAAAGCUCGUCUGCAGGAGGCCUGCAACCAGCACCAGUUCCAGGCUGAUGCUGACGACAUUGACACGUGGAUGCUGGACGUUCUACGGAUUGUUUCCAGUGUCGACGUUGGUCAUGAUGAGUUCUCCACUCAGGCUCUGGUGAAGAAACACAAGGAUGUUGCCGAGGAGAUUGCCAGCUACCGACCUGUCAUCGACGCCCUGCACGAACAAUCCCGGACGCUGCCGCCAGAGAAGGCCAACUCUGAGGAGGUUCAGAGUCGGCUGGCAGGCAUUGAGGAGCGCUACAAGGAGGUGGCCGAGCUGACGAGGCUCAGGAAACAGGCACUGCAGGACGCUCUGGCGCUCUACAAGAUGUUAAGCGAAGCUAAUGCCUGCGAGGUCUGGAUUGACGAGAAGGAGCAGUGGCUCAACAGUAUGGAGAUCCCAGAGAAACUGGAGGACCUGGAGGUUGUCCAGCACCGGUUUGAGAGUUUGGAGCCGGAGAUGAACAACCAGGCAUCCCGGGUUGCCGUGGUGAACCAGGUUGCUAGGCAGCUGAUCCAUAGCGGACAUCCCAGUGAGAAGGAGAUCAAAGCCCAGCAGGACAAACUUAACACCAGGUGGAGUCAGUUCAGAGAUCUGGUGGACCAGAAGAAGGACUGUCUGAGUUCAGCUCUGGGAGUCCAGAACUACCAUCUGGAGUGCAACGAAACCAAGUCCUGGAUCAAGGAGAAGACCAAGGUGAUCGAGUCGACCCAGGAGCUCGGCAACGACCUGGCCGGCGUCAUGGCUCUGCAGAGGAAGUUGACCGGGAUGGAGCGUGACCUGGCGGCCAUCGAGGACAAGCUGGGCGACCUGGGGAAAGAGGCGGACCGGUUGGCCUCCGAGCACCCGGAGCAGUCUGAGGCCAUCAAAGGACGCCUCGCCGAGAUCACCGGCGUCUGGGAAGAGAUGAAGGACACAAUGAAGAACCGUGAGGAGUCCCUUGGUGAGGCCAGUAAGCUGCAGCAGUUCCUGCGUGAACUGGACGAUUUCCAGUCGUGGUUGUCGCGGACACAGACGGCCAUCGCCUCCGAGGACAUGCCCAACACGCUGGCCGAGGCCGAGAAGCUGCUGGCUCAGCACGAGGGCAUCAAGAACGAGAUCCGCAACUACGAGGAGGACUACCAGAAGAUGCGGGACAUGGGCGAGAUGGUGACGCAGGGCCAGACAGACGCCCAGUACAUGUUCCUCCGACAGCGGCUGCAGGCGCUUGAUACCGGCUGGAACGAGCUGCACAAGAUGUGGGAGAACCGACAGAACCUGCUGUCUCAGUCCCACGCUUACCAGUUGUUCCUCAGGGACACCAAGCAGGCUGAGGCCUUCCUCAACAACCAGGAGUACGUCCUGGCUCACACUGAGAUGCCAACAACUCUGGAGGGAGCUGAAGCCGCCAUCAAGAAGCAGGAGGACUUCAUGACCACGAUGGACGCCAACGAGGAGAAGAUCAGCGGCGUGGUCGACACCGGACGCCGCCUGGUGGCCGACGGCAACAUCAGCGCCGAGCGCAUCCAGGAGAAGGUGGACUCCAUUGACCAAAGACACAAGAAGAACCGAGCAGCAGCCAGCGACCUGCUGGCAAGGCUGAAGGACAACAGAGAUCUGCAGAAGUUCCUGCAGGACUGCCAGGAGCUGUCCCUGUGGAUCAACGAGAAGAUGCUGACGGCUCAGGACAUGUCGUACGAUGAGGCCAGGAACUUGCACAGCAAGUGGCUCAAACACCAGGCGUUCAUGGCCGAACUGCAGUCCAACAAGGAGUGGCUGGACAAGAUCGACAAGGACGGUCAGGCGCUGAUGGCAGAGAAACCAGAGACAGAGGCGAUGGUCAAGGAGAAGCUGGCGUCGCUGAAGACGAUGUGGCAGGACCUGGAGUCGACGACCCAGACCAAGGCCAAGUGUCUGUUCGACGCCAACAAGGCCGAACUGUUCACUCAGAGCUGCGCCGAUCUGGACAAGUGGCUGGGAAACCUGGACGGACAGCUGCAGUCCGACGACUAUGGGAAAGACCUGACCUCGGUCAACAUCCUGCUCAAGAAGCAGCAGAUCCUGGAGAGCCAGGUGGAGGUGCGUCAGAAGGAGGUGGAGGAGCUCCGGAGCCAGUCUCAGGCCCUCAGCCAGGAGGGGAAAGGGUCUGACGAGGUGGACGGUCAGAGGAUCAGCGUGGAGAAGAAGUUCCAGUCGCUUCAGGACCCACUGAAGAAGAGACGAGACAACUUGAUGGCAUCCCGCGAGAUCCACCAGUUCAACCGGGACGUGGAGGACGAGAUCCUGUGGGUGGAGGAGAGGAUGCCUUUGGCCACCUCCACCGACCACGGACACAACCUGCAGACUGUACAGCUGCUCAUCAAGAAGAACCAGACGCUGCAGAAGGAGAUCCAGGGCCACCAGCCUCGAUACGACGACAUCUUCGAGCGCAGCCAACAUGUCCUGAGGGAGGACAGUCCGACCGCCGAGAUGAUCCGCCAGCGGCUCACCGGGCUGCAGACACUGUGGGAUCAGAUCAAGAAGGAGACGGAAAAGCGUCACGCUCGGCUCAGCGAAGCCCACGAGGCCCAGCAGUACUACUUCGAUGCUGCCGAGGCUGAGGCCUGGAUGAGCGAACAGGAGCUCUACAUGAUGUCCGAGGAGAAGGCCAAGGACGAGCAGAGUUCGGUGGCCAUGCUGAAGAAGCAUCAGAUCCUGGAGCAGGCAGUGGAGGACUAUGCCGACACUGUCCACCAGCUGUCCAGCACCAGCCGAGGCCUGGUGGCUGCCGGACAUCCAGACAGCGAGCGCAUCGGUAUGCGUCAGUCUCAGGUGGAUAAGCUUUAUGCCGGACUGAAGGACUUGUCAGAGGAGCGUCGGGGAAAGCUGGACGAGCGUUUCCGUCUUUUCCAGCUCAACCGGGAGGUGGACGACCUGGAGCAGUGGAUUGCUGAGAGGGAGGUGGUGGCCGGAUCCCACGAGCUGGGGCAGGACUACGAACAUGUCACCAUGCUGCAGGAGCGUUUCAGAGAAUUUGCCCGCGACACCGGAAACAUCGGUCAGGAACGUGUGGACACCGUCAACCGGCUGGCAGACGACCUGAUCAACGCUGGUCACGGCGACGCUGCCACCAUCGCUGAAUGGAAGGACGGCCUGAACGAAGCUUGGGCCGACCUGCUGGAGCUCAUCGACACCCGAACGCAGAUCCUCGCCGCCUCCUACGAGCUCCACAAGUUUUACCACGACGCCAAGGAGAUCCUCAACCGCAUCCUGGACAAACACAAGAAGCUUCCGGAGGAGCUCGGCCGCGACCAGAACACUGUGGAGACCCUGCAGAGGAUGCACACCACCUUCGAACACGACAUCCAAGCUCUGGGAACACAGGUGCGGCAGCUUCAGGAAGAUGCCGUUCGUCUGCAGUCGGCAUACGCUGGAGAUAAAGCUGACGACAUUCAGAAAAGAGAAGGAGAGAAGAGAAAGGGAGAGGUUCUGGAGGCCUGGAAGAACCUGCUGGAGGCGGCGGAGGGCCGUCGUGUGAAGCUAGUCGACACCGGAGACAAGUUCCGCUUCUUCAGCAUGGUGAGGGACCUGAUGCUGUGGAUGGAGGACGUCAUCCGUCUGAUCGAGGCCCAGGAGAAACCCAGGGAUGUGUCUUCGGUGGAGCUGCUGAUGAACAACCAUCAGGGCAUCAAGGCCGAGAUCGACGCCCGAAACGACAGCUUCACUGCCUGCAUCGAGCUGGGCAAAGCCCUGCUGGCCAGGAAGCACUACGCUUCAGAGGAGAUUAAAGAAAAGUUGUUACAGUUGACAGACAAGAGGAAAGACAUGAUUGACAAGUGGGAGGACAGAUGGGAGUGGCUGAGACUGGUCCUGGAGGUGCACCAGUUCUCCAGGGAUGCUGGGGUGGCCGAGGCCUGGCUGCUGGGGCAGGAGCCCUACCUGUCCAGCAGGGAGAUGGGCCAGAACGUGGACGAGGUGGAGAAGCUCAUCAAACGCCAUGAGGCCUUCGAGAAGUCGGCUGCCACCUGGGAGGAACGCUUCGCUGCGCUGGAGAGGCUGACUACGAUGGAGUUAUUGGAAGUGAGAAGAAGGCAAGAGGAAGAAGAAAGAAGAAGACAACCACCAGCUGCAGAGGGUCAGACGGCCGAGGCUGCAGCUCAGCAAAGGGAGGGCGAGCCGGUGUCUCAGAACGGGCUGCCAUCUGACCAGGAGUCUCCCAGGGAGAACGUUGAAGGAGCUGAGGUGGUGAACGGAGUGUCAGAGCCGAGUCCCUCUGGGUCUCCAGGGGCGUCUCGUAAAGGUAAAGCCAGCCAGGCGGCCACGCUGCCGGCCAAAACCCAACAGGAUGCCCCGACAUCCCAGCUGGAGGGAUUCCUGCACCGCAAACAUGAGUGGGAAGGUCACAACAAGAAGGCUUCAAGCAGGUCGUGGCACAAUGUCUACUGUGUGAUCAACCAGCAGGAGAUGGGUUUCUAUAAGGACCAGAAGAGCGCCAGUCAGGGAAUCCCGUACCACAGCGAGAUCCCUGUCAGCCUGAAGGACGCUGUCUGUGAGGUGGCCGUGGACUACAAGAAGAAGAAGCACGUCUUCAAGCUCAAGAUCACUGAUGGAAACGAGUAUCUCUUCCAAGCCAAAGAUGACGAGGAGAUGAACACGUGGAUCUCGGCCAUCUCGGCUGCUGUGUCGGGCGACAAGUCGGAGGUGACGCCCAGCAGCCACAGCACGCCCGCCCCCGCCGCACGUGCUCAGACGCUGCCCGCCUCCGUUGCCACAACAACCGCCGAGUCCAGCCCUGGCAAGCGAGAGAAAGACAAGGAGAAACGCUUCAGUCUGUUCAGCAAGAAGAAAUAGACGCUUCUCCUUCAUCCCUCCUCCUCCUCCCUCUGCGGCCGUUUGGGAUCGAUCGAUUAUUGGUCAAAUAUUUAUUGAUCACAGCAGCUGUUCAGAACUAACAGAAUCUGAAUGUAAAUUAAGUCAUAAAUAACCAGAUGAUGUAACAACAACGUAAAUCUAUGAGGAUAAUCACACGUCACAAGCAGUUUUUAACAUUUAGACGAUCAGUUGCUGCAUCAGAUCGAACCCCAAGCAGCCGCUCUUCUUCUUCUUCUUCUUCUUCUUCUUCUUUCCUUCCUCUUUCCUCUUCCUCCUCUUCCUCUAAAGGCGUGACUCCAGCAUGCAAGCUCCGAGCCAAAACUCUCCACUCUGUGCCUAUCAACCGUCCGGUCGGCUCAGAGCUACAGUUCAGCUACAACAACACACCACCUGUAUCCUCUGUUCAGUUUUUGUAAGAUAAGAAGCAAGAAUUUGAAAAAAGAAAACCAGAAGAUCUUAGAAAUUUAAAAAGGGGGUCUGCAAACGCUUCAGGCAGCUGCUGUCGAAACAAAAUAAGAGUUUGCUGCUGAGCAACAACACGACGUAGAGGAGUUCCCAGAAAAUUCCAGUUUAUUAUUAUUGUUAUUAUUAUUAUUAUUAUUAUUAUUGUUUGUGUUUUCUAUCUCCUGCUGUUUUCUUUUUCUUCUCUGCUUCCUCAUCCUCCCAGCUUUUUUCGUCAAAUACUGCCUUCUGUGGGUUGUGUUUACCAGUCGUCUCAGUUUCUUUCUUAAUUUUUUUUGUUUUUCAGGAAGUUGUAGUUAGUUCCUGUUAGGGUCCAUCCUCAGUUUUUUUGCAAGGCCUUGUCUUUGCAAGAUGACGUGUAUCCCUCUGUAGCGGGGAAAACUGAGACCACGGCAGGGUAAAACUCUGACAUUACACCCUAAAAACACCCGGAGCCAGAAACAGCAUUUAGUGCACUGAAUAAUUCUGCUGUUGCGUUCGUUAAAUUUCGCUCCGGUGCCAUCUAAUUCCUGCAGCGCAGUGUAAGCAGUCGCUGUAAUUGAGAGCGUUUACCCUGCAGUGCUUUGAACUGUAUGUAUAACUUGUGUAUAACAAACUGUUAAAGAAAUAAACCUGUGUUUAAUUUCACCUAUUAUUAUUAUUAUUACUACUACUAUUACUAAUACCAACCAUAAUAAGCUUCAUUUCUUUACCUGAAAACUUUAACAAAUCCAGAAUGAAGGAGUCAACACAAUAAAUAACCGAGACCAGUGAGAAUGUUUGUCAAUUCGAACUUUAAAGCAUCCAGUAAGGUUUAUUUUUUACAUUUACUGAACCAUUAGCCCUUUAGUUACCUUGGAAAUAUGGUUUUCCUCCACAGUUAAGCUAAGAUUUAUUUAGUCCGACGAGUAUGGAGACGUAGAUGUACUAUAAAAACUAAAUUACUUUAAGCAGUACUGUUACCAUUUGGUUCUAAAAAGCGUUUACUGAAAGUGUUGCAGAGUAAUGGUCGCUUGCUUGUUGGCUUCAGCACUCCAUUUUUUUUGUUUGUUGUUUUUUUUUUAUUGAAGAUUUCAGACUUUUGCCGCCAAUAACCUUUGCAGUGAAAUCUGUGGAGCUACUGGUCGAGGUGCUUUUAAUCUAUGAAAGCUCUUAAGUGACAAAAUUCACAGAAGGGGGAAAAAAAAAGAUGACGGCAUCACGUUUUUUCCCAUUUUGCUUAAAUUAUUUUAACAUAAUUGGUGAUUAUUUGUCUUUUAUUUUUUUCAAAAUGAUCCCAAAUGAUUACAGAAACUGCUUAGCCAAUAUUUAUUCCUCAAUUUGUUGCCACCAUCUGAUUUUACAUGCAGACCAAAUUUUCACUUGUAUCUCGAAAUGAACUGCAUCAAUAAAAUGGUUUGCGAUGAUGCAAGUUCCCACAUUUUGUCAGAACAGCUGUCAGAAAAGGUGAGUUUACAACUCAAACUGACUCACAAAACUUUCAGUCCUGUUUGUUGAAUUUGUUGUGUAAUUUUGUCACUAAUAGACUUCCGUAGUUGCAGUUAAAGUGGAUGUAAAACAGCAGAAAUGAGCCCAAAAGUGUCUGAGGUGGGGGUAUUUGUUUUACCACAGCUAGUGGUGGUGGUGGUGGUUAGAUGGGCGGGUGGUGAUAUGGUGGCGAUUGUCUCUGAAAUGGUUCCUGUUCUGUUUAUUUUUUUGUUUGUUUUUUAUUUUAAUUUUUUUUCUUUGUGCUACAUUCUCUGGCAAUUUGAUAAAUAUAGUGUGCAUUCCUCUGUCACUGUAACCAUAGUAACAAGAUAUUUCUUCAUAUUGCACAACCAAUAAAUGCCACGAUGAGGGGUGGGUGGGCAGGGCCGGGGCUUUGUAGGUGAGGUAGUCGGUGUGAUGUGGACCAGGGGUCACUGCUAGUUGGAUCUGCACCCGUAGACUUCUCCCCAUCUCUGUUACAUACGUGCAAAAAGCCAUUAAAAUGCUUUUAAACGACA